UCCCAUUGUCCAAGAUGGCGGCGUAGGUGCAGCGAAUAGGAUGUGUAUGUUUUUAUCGCGUUUUUACCGUUGUUUUUAUUUUCCCCGCAACCCGCUGAACGUUUCUUUGCGGUGCGAACGCGCGUCUCGCUUUCCCGUCUUCAACAUCUUGAUGUGCAGCGCGUCGAAAACCGCGGACUUUGUUGUGCAUCCGGUCUGCAUUCUUUCUUUCUGGCUCGGGAAAAAAGUUUGAGCAUCCGAAAAUGAAAAGGCAGGCCGAGCGGGACACCAGUCCGAGCAGAGCUCUCGCGAAACGGAUACGGGAAAGAGAACGAGAGCGGGAAGCGAGCCGCCGGGAAGAUGCAGUGGCGGUUAAUCCUCCUCCUCCGCCGCCGCCGCCGCCGCUGGCUCUGCUGCUGGCUGAGAGUCGGAGCUACCAGAAACAGCAGCAGCAGCUGCAGCAACAGCAGCGCGCGCGGAGCCGCAGCGGGGAGCGCGAGAAGCCGCGUGCGCGGGAAGAACGCACAGGCCUCCUCCCGCGGCCUCCGGCCAUCCUGCCGAAAAGCAAAACGCCUGCAGCUGUCGUAGACGCGCGCGCGAGCGGCCUGGAAUACAAGACGUUGCUUAUUAGCAACUUAGGCUCGCAGCUUUCCGACGAGCACGUGGAGGACGGGCUGUUCCACGAGUUCAAGAAGUUCGGAGACGUCAGCGUCAAGCUCUCACACACGCCCGAACUGGGCCGGAUCGCCUACGUGAAUUUCCGGCAGCCCGAGAGCGCACGAGAAGCCCGCCACGCCAAGGCCAGACUCAUCCUGUAUGACCGACUGCUCAAAAUCGAACCCAUGUACGUCCGGCGUCGCAGCCUGACGCCGCCUGACGUCACCUACGUGCCUCUGCAUGGCCCGUAUCCCUACAGGCAGCGGUCUCUGUCCCCUGGAGCCAGUGCGAUCCGGGACGUCAGAACCAGACAUUACGUAGACAGUCUGACUCUGAGGGAACGGGAGCGCGUUCUGGACUACUACACCGCUUUGGAAGAGCGAAGCCGUGCCUACGUGUACCCCCUGCCCGAGGACGACCUGAUGCCCGAGGACGACCAGCGCGCCACCAGGAACUUGUUCAUCGGCAACCUGGACCACAACGUCUCUGAGGCAGAGCUGCGUCAAGGUUUCGACAAGUACGGCAUCAUCGAAGAGAUCGUCAUCAAACGACCCGCUCGUGGACAAGGAUGCGGCUACGGCUUCAUCAAAUUCCAGAACCUGGACAUGGCGCACAGAGCCAAAGUGGCCAUGCAGGGCCGUGUGUUUGGCGGAAACCAGGUAAAGAUCGGCUACGGCAAGGCCAACCCGACCACGCGCCUCUGGGUGGGCGGUUUGGGUCCGAACACCUCGCUGGCUGCUUUGGCUCGGGAAUUUGACCGUUUUGGUAGCAUUCGCACUAUCGAUUAUAUGAAAGGGGACAACUUUGCUUACAUUCACUACGAGAGCCUGGAUGCGGCUCAGGCAGCAUGCGCCCAGAUGCGAGGUUUCCCUCUGGGUGGCCGCAGGCUACGCGUCGACUUUGCCAAAGCAGAGGAGGCACGAUCCUACCCUCAGCAGUACCCACCUCCCAUCCCACUGCCCUCACAUUAUGAUAUUUUAGCCGACGGGUUUGGGCGCCAUCGGAGCCUGGAAAGGGAACUUAGAGCGCGAGCCCGCUCACCUUCUCAUCCCCUUUAUGCAGAAAGGGAACGAGAACGAGGGCUCCCCGAAAGAGAGUGGAGUCCUCCAAAGGGCGCAGAACGGAGGAGUAACCCAGAAGCCUUUGGCCGUACAAGAGCACGCAGUCGUAGCAGAGAGCGAUGGCCGAAAGGCUGGGAAGAAAGGCGCAAGCGCCGGAGCCGAACCCGGAGUCGGAGUCUCAGUCCCGGUGAGCAGAAUGAGGAAAGAGGACGGUCAAGGGUGCGAGCGGGUCCUCCCAGGACUCCAGACGACAGCCCUGAACGAACUCGCGGACGCCUCCCUGACUCCACGUCCGAUCCGCAAGACCACACACCUGAUAGCAGUCGUCAUUCCAGCGAUGAGCGACCAACGCAGAACGCUCGGAAAGCUGGGGAUCUCGAGCGCAACCAUCGCAAAACCGAUCCGGAGCCAGAUUCACACUCGGAAAAGCCCAAAAGCGAACCCAAGAAGCCCAGCACGCUCUCCGAAUACGCCCAGACCCUCAGCCGAGUGUGGCACGGCUCCCUCGUCCUGAAGAAUAGCUGUUUUCCGACGAGCAUGCAUCUCCUGGAUGGAGGAGCCAACUUUUUCCUUUCGCUUCUAAAGGACCAGACAGAUAGCGGCAAGAUCACUCAGCUCAAGAUCGCUCAGCGACUGCGGCUCGACCAGCCCAAGCUAGAUGAAGUGAGCCGCCGUAUCAGGUUGGGCGGCGCCGAUGGCUACACCGUCCUCCUGGCCGUCCAGGGACCUAUGGAUCGUGACUCGCCCCCGCCCGAUGGACUCCAGAAGCGCUUCCUUCGCAAUCUGGUGACCUACCUCAGGAGCAAACAAGCAGCCGGGGUUAUCGGUCUGCCUCUGGGCGGCCCAAAAGAACGCGAGACAGGAGGGAUGCUAUACGCGUUCCCACCUUGUGACUUCUCCCAGCAGUACCUCCAGACUGUUCUCAAAACUCUGGGCAAAGUAGAGGAGGAACAUCUCGUUGUGGUGGUGGUUAAAGACUCGACUCAACCCUAACCAUUGUGAUCUACUGUUUUCUUUCGAAAACACGCAAGCGUACGUUUUUAACACUCCAGUCUUUAAGUUACAGGCGGACCAUUUUGUUGAUGGAUUAUGCUUGACACGAACUCAACAACCUUGAAGUUAUAACGUUCUUUUUACACACUAUUUUAAAGUGACUUCAUUUUUUUUUGGGGGGGGGGGGGGUCGGUGCUUUUUUUUUUUUUUCUUUUUUUUGUAUACUUGAGAAUUUUGACAUGGUUGUUUUUAAUUGUUUUUAUAAACUUUUAGUUCCUGAUUCGCACCUCAUUUUCAAAUUGUUUUCUGGUCUUGAGUACAGGAGACAAUUUCAGAGGUUCCUCUCCAGUGAGCUAAUGUAAUGGAUAUCUGUUCGACAGAAAGUGAAGACUGGUUAUGAGUUAUGCUGAAGCCUUUUUUUUUUCCCCUCCACUUUUCCCAGUAGCUUCCUUCCGCCUGUGCAAUUUACUAGAAAACUCCAUUUAUUUUGUCGGUUUUGUUUGUCCUGACCGACCAAGUGUGGAUUUUAAUAUUCCGAAAGCGUAUUACAGGGAAGAGGGACGGUUGUCAUGACAGGCAUCUACCUCUGGAAUGGUUUAGAUUGUUUUGUGAUUCCCCCCCAGUAACUUUCUGACAAACACACUCAGCAUUAACAGGAUGUUCAAGAGUGACGCUGGUUUGAGUUGUUGCCACCAACACUACUUUUUUGGGGGGGGGUUAAACACUAAGACUUGUGCACUAGUGUGAUUGUAGUGCAGAAUGUUGUUGAUCAUUUUUACAUUUCUCUCUACAGCUGAAUUAAGCCAUGGCAAGCUAUUUUAAGUUGUCUUUUUUUAAUUAAGCUGAAAUUACAGUCAAACACUGUGUCAACGAACAGUUUUCCAAAAGGACGACAGUCAUUCAAUACUUUAUUAUUAUUAUUUUUUGCUCGUUCACUCUAAAACUUUAUUGAAACACAUUCCUCAGCCAUUCCCAGACACUCCACUCUUGUUGUCCCACGUGCAGCUUUUUUUUUCCCCCCUUCGUUGUUUUUCAUCAUGUGUUUUGAACAAUGUAUGCGAUGUAUGGAAAAAAAUGUGGAAGUAAACAUUUCAAUAUUUUUUUUUUCA